AUGACCCGGAGACUCGGUCCUUCCGCAGGUGGAGGUAAUCCCGAGCUGUUUCUGCAGCUGAAGUCGGAGCCGUCGCAUCCCGGGUCGGACGGCAGGCUCUGUGUGAACGGCCGCUGGCGUCGCGGGUCCCCGAACUGCGGGUGGACGCGAAGGUCGGAGGUUCUGGAAGCCUCGGAAGCGGGGCCACGGGGCCUUCACUCAACCAAGCGGCGCGUGGAUGGGCCGUUGUCGGGGGCCGGGGGGGGGGGCCACAGCCGGGGCGCAGUCCUCGAUAGCUCCGGACGCGGUGUCGUCCUCUCGCAUCCGACGCUGAUGUUAGUUAGGCCCAACGGGCGCAAAAGUCGCCAGCCGAGUUCCGAGGGCCUUGACCCGCGGCGUCGAGGCCCACUCCGGCCUGCCCCAACUGUCCACCCCGGGGUCCUCGGAGAGGCUGAGCCCACGUCCCUAAACCCCGCGCACCACCGCCGCCGCCACGCCACGCCUCCGAACCCCAGGAGGCCCAGCUUUCCGCCCCCGCCGCCCCCUCGGCCCGGACCCCUUCCCCAUCCCGAGGGUCCUCGCAACCCCACCCCGGGCCCGCGCCUGGGCCUGACCGUCCUCCCCACCCCGCGUCGCCCAGGCUCGGCCUGGAGCCCCUUUCGGCUCACCUCCGCGCCGCCCGACCUCGGCCAGGCCCGAAUCCUGGCCGCAAACCCCCGGGGGUCGCCCCGCUGGCCCCAUAUGUGUGUGGGGGGGGGGGGCAGGGCCACUUUGGCAGGGUCCCGGGACCAGCAAGCAGUCCUCCCCUCCGGUCCGCCUGGAUGGCGGCUGCCGGAGCCUUCCUCCGAGCGCUCGGCCGACUCGUCCCCCUCGCCCUCGCCCGCCCCCCCCCCCUCCCGCGUCCUACCUCGAUUUACCUCACCGGCACCCGGGGUCCCCCGGGCGGCUGCUUCCCCGGCGGCGGCGGCGGCGGCGGCGCUGCGCAACCCGCCGUCUGCGCGUCUGGCCUCGCCGCGCUCGGGGCCACUCCUCCCCACGCCGGAGCCUUACGAAAUAUUAAUAAUAAAGAAGGUGACAGAGGAGCCGGCGCGCGUGGCCGCGAGUGCCCGGCAGAGCGCGGCGCGGGCUGCAGCCGCCCCGGCCCGCCCGCACGACGCCGGGGCCCGGCGGCCAGCGCGCCGCCGCCGCCGCCGCCGCCGCUCCACGGAGCUCGCCCGGAGCAGCGGGCGGCCCCGGCCGCAGCCCGAGCCCCCGUGGGGGCCGCGCCUCCCCGCGGGGCUCUGA